AUGCCUGAGCUCGUUUGGCUUGUCACCGGCUGCUCCUCCGGUUUCGGGUCCGAGAUUGUCCAUCAAAUCUUAUCCCGAGGCGACAAGAUCAUCGCAACUGCCCGAAACAGUACAAGGAUUGAGCCACUUGCGAGUCAAGGAGCCGCUGUCCUUGAGCUGGAUGUCACGGAUACACAAGCCAGCAUUGAUCAAACCAUCGCCAAAGCCAUUUCUAUCUAUGGCCGUAUAGAUGUAUUGGUUAACAAUGCUGGCUUUGUAGCUGCUGGGUCUUGGGAGGAUCUCAGUUAUGAGGAUUUUGUUUCCUCCUUUGAAACCAACGUCUUUGGACCAAUCAAGGUUACGCGUGCCGUGCUUCCGCAUAUGAGAGCCAGGAAAUCAGGAACCAUGGUAUUUAUUAGUUCUCUGUCUGGUUGGGUCGGACACCAGUUCACUGGAGCUUAUGCGGGAUCAAAGUUUGCUCUUGAAGGUGUUGUUGAAAGUUUGCACAACGAAACCAAGUCUCUCGGUCUUCGCACUCUGUUGAUGGAACCUGGACGCUUUCGAACCCAGCUUCUGUCAACAGGCCAUCUUCAGCCAAAGCAGAGUCAGAUUCCCGAUUAUGAAUCAGCUUCCAAGACUCAUCAUGGCCACCUUCAUAGCGGAGAUCUGACACAACCUGGAAACCCGGAAACGUUCGUCAAGGUCGUGCUUGACUUGGUCAGAGAAGAGGGUUUUGCGCAGGGAAAACAUGUCCCGUUUCGUCUACCUGUUGGGAAAGAUGCAGUAGAAGAGAUUGGGGCUAAAGCUAGGGAUAUCUUGGACGUAAUGCAGGAGUGGGACUCUGUUAUAACAGAAACUGAUUACUAG